CGCACCCGCGCCCUCGACCUGUGCCCGUAUCGACCCUGCUGGGGAGCUAGCACUUUCACAUUGGCACCAGUCCCUGCGAUUCGCAUGUAUAUAUGGUGUCUGACGAAGUUUGCGUCGUAUCUCGUCCUUCGCAUUGCCUUACCGUCACGAUCAAUAGAGGCUCAGACGAAGCACGACGCCAACACAAAUAAGAAGCACCGAUGUCGCGGUUGAAUCGGCAUCGAUCGCGGGCCUCGAUGCGAUCCGAGGUCGCGCCCGUAGAUGCAGCCGUUCUCGAAUCUCUCAAACGUCGACGAAUCGCAUCCCUCAUUGGAUCCUUCAUUGUAGCUUGCUCAGCUGGAGUCAACUACGCAUUCAGCUCGUUUGCGCCUCAGCUUCAGGAGCAGCUGCAGCUGACCAGCACGCAGAUCAAUGUGGUGGGCGUGGCUGGAAACAUGGGCGUCUACCUAUCCGGUCCAUUCUGGGGCCGAUGGGUGGACAAGCAAGGUCCAAAGGUCGCACUGCUGGUCGGCAGUGCCCUCGUCCUGGCUGGAUUUGGAGGGCUAUCCCUGUCCUACACGCACACUGCGCCGUUCCAAGACGCCUCGCCCUCGACGCUGGCCGUGCUAAGUCUGUUGACUGGCUUGGGGAAUGCUGGUGCCUUCACAGCGGCAAUGAAUGCGCAAGCCAAGAGCUGGGAUGGUAACCGACGCGGCUCAGCUACAGCCCUCGUCCUUUCCGGCUUUGGCCUAUCAGCAUUCCUGUACUCUACCCUUUCACACCAACUCUUUCCUGGCAACACCUCCGACUACCUCUUGCUGCUAGCAUUCGGGUGCGCUGCUUCCUUCUUGGUUGGUGUGCUGCUCAUUCGGAUCUUGCCGCCCGCAGAUGCGAAUCCGCUACUGACACGGCGGGGCAGUGAUGGUCGUGGUGCAUGGACGCAGGCACCAGCUGGAGAUGACGAGGAGAUCGGGCGCCUAGAGCAGAAUGCAGACGUAGAUGAGGACGAGGAUGAGGAGAGGGGUCGAUUGAGACCUCAUGUAGGUGGUAGAAGGCGCACCAGCAGUGAAGUUUCUGCGAGAGCCUUCCUCAACGCCCCACCUACCGACGAAGAUACAACUAGUGCAGAUGAGGAAGAUAUGAAUACUCGCGCAAUGUCGCCUGCUACGACCCCUUCGAAUGCAGGUGCGGGUGCGACACCUGAGGGGAACAAGGGCGCUCCUAGCAGUGUCGAUGUCACAAACUUCAACCUCUUGAAGCAAGCAGACUUUUUGCUCCUCUUUCUUAUUAUGUCGCUUAUUAGCGGAACUGGAUUGCUGGUCAUCAAUAACAUCGGCACAAUCACCCGGACACUGUUUGAAUACAACAAGGGUCGCAAAGACGUGCCUGAAAUAGCCCUUGACGCACAAAAUCUACCUCGCGAACUGAUAGACAUCCUCACGAAGGACGAAAAGGCAAUCGUCCAGCAAGCGCAAGCACAUCAGGUCAGCGCCAUCUCACUUGGAAACGCCAGCGGCCGCAUUAUCAUGGGUUUACUUUCGGAUCUAUUUGUCAGCUCCACAGGCGAUGCGAGGAUGCGAGUCUGGUUGCUCGUCCUGGUGUGCAUACUCGCUGUGGGCAGUCAAGCGCUCGCAGCUGCUCCAAACACGAUCACGACCGUGCACAGGUUGAUUAUCAUCUCGCUCGGCACUGGAUGGAUGUACGGCGCGCUGUUCGGUCUGGCGCCCGUCUUAACAUUUGAAUGGUUCGGCUUGAAGCAUUUUUCGCAGAAUUGGGGCUACGUCAGCCUGUCGCCUGUCAUUGCGGGAAACAUCUUCAACCUCCUCUUUGGCAAAAUCUACGAUAGCCAUGUGUCCAAGGGAAGCGGCAGUGUGCACCAGUGCCCGCUAGGCGAAGAGUGCUACAGGUCGGUCUUUGAGAUCACCGAGGUUUGCGCUCUUGCAGCUGCGGCUGCUAGCUUCCUCCUGAUCGUUCGUCGUACAAGGGACGUACAGCGUGUUAGAAAUCCCUUCGCGGGCUUUUACGGACGUCUGAGCAACGCGGUGCGGUAGCGCUUCGCGUGCAGUAAUAGCAAUUCAGGUUGCCUCGCUCAAUCGCUUGUCCAACUUGUUCGGAUCUGGGCGACCUGUCUGUGUGAAAAUAUUACAUCGGCU